UAUCGCCCAGCCGAUGGCGAUGGCGAAUGGAAAGAAGUCCAAGUGAAUGAUCCUUUUGCCGAUCGUUACACAAUCACUCUCGACGAUGACAAGGAUGUGAAGCCCUUCCAACCUUACGAAGUCCAGGUUCAAGCGGUGAAUGAUGAGGGCCAAGCGAACGUCGUUCCCGAGACUGUGAAAGGACACACGGGCGAGGGAGUGCCGAGCAGCAUCCCCACGGGAUUCCGCGUUGUCAGCAAGGAUGGUACCACAGCGACAUUCUCGUGGGAUCCUGUCGAUCCUCGAACGGCCAAUGGGAACUUCACUGGAUAUAAGAUAACUUACUGGCAUGACGAAGUGGACGGCGAAGAGGAUGAGAACGAAGUCGAUACGCGUUUCCGUUUCAAACGAUCAGCUAAAUCUGUGACAAAGCGAAACGUCGAAAGCAAAAGGCGCACGGUUAUUUUUGGACCAAAAGCAACCUCAGGGACAGUGACGGAUUUACAGCCAGACACUACGAACUAUGCAACAAUUCAGGUGACAAAUGGCGCUCAUGAGGGAGAACCGAGUGAAGUAAUUCAAUUCCGCACAGCUGAAGGCGUGCCAAGCCCCGUUCGUGGUCUCCGUGCUCACCCGAUGAAUCCGAAGGAAGCUGAAGAGAAGGCAGUCGUGCACCUGAUUUGGAGGAGGCCGCGACGACCGAAUGGAAAACUUCUCAAAUAUGUGAUUGAAUAUUGUCGCACUGAGAACGGCCGAGUGGUUGAAAGGGAUUGCCCUAAGCAGGAGGUUGAGGCUGAUCGAACACAGAUUCGCUUGUCGGGCUUGGAAUUCGACACUCCAUACCGGUUCAUCGUACGAGCUCAAACCAGCGCCGGAGAGGGUGAUCCAAACAGCAGCGAUGCUUC